AGGAACUUCCUCCUCCCCCACCGGCCUUCACCUUUUGUUCCCUAUCCUGGGCCAGUUCUCUCGCAGGUCCCAGAUGUCCAGUUCCAGAUGCCUGGACCCAGAGUGUGGGGGAAAUAUCCCUGCAGAAGCCCUCACUCCACAGACUGUCCAGGCGCAAUGUGGUGGCUGCUCCUCUGGGGAGUCCUCCAGGCUUGCCCCACCCGGGGCUCCCUCCUCUUGGCCCAAGAGCUACCCCAGCAGCUGACAUCCCCCGGGUACCCAGAGCCGUAUCGCAAAGGCCAAGAGAGCAGCACGGACAUCAAGGCUCCAGAGGGCUUUGCUGUGAGCCUCAUCUUCCAGGACUUCGACCUGGAGCCGUCCCAGGACUGUGCAGGGGACUCUGUCACAAUCUCAGGCAGCGGGUCGGAUCCAAGCCAGUUCUGUGGUCAGCAAGGCUCCCCUCUGGGCAGGCCCCCUGGUCAGAGGGAGUUUAUAUCCUCAGGGAGGAGUUUGCGGCUGACCUUCCGCACACAGCCCUCCUCGGAGAACAGGACUGCCCACCUCCACAAGGGCUUCCUGGCCCUCUACCAAACCGUGGCUGUGAACUAUAGUCAGCCCAUCAGCGAGGCCAGCAGGGGCUCUGAGGCCAUCAACGCACCUGGAGACAACCCCGCCAAGGUCCAGAACCACUGCCAGGAGCCCUAUUAUCAGGCCGCGGCAGCAGGGGCACUCACCUGCGCAACCCCAGGGACCUGGAAAGACAGACAGGAUGGGGAGGAGGUUCUUCAGUGUAUGCCUGUCUGCGGACGACCAGUCACCCCCAUUGCCCAGAAUCAGACGACCCUCGGUUCUUCCAGAGCUAAGCUCGGCAACUUCCCCUGGCAAGCCUUCACCAGUAUCCAUGGUCGUGGGGGCGGGGCCCUGCUGGGUGACAGAUGGAUCCUCACUGCUGCCCACACCAUCUACCCCAAGGACAGUGUUUCUCUCAGGAAGAACCAGAGUGUGAAUGUGUUCCUGGGCCACACAGCCAUAGAUGAGAUGCUGAAACUGGGGAACCACCCUGUCCACCGUGUCGUUGUGCACCCCGACUACCGUCAGAAUGAGUCCCACAACUUUAGUGGGGACAUCGCCCUCCUGGAGCUGCAGCACAGCAUCCCCCUGGGCCCCAACGUCCUCCCGGUCUGUCUGCCCGAUAAUGAGACCCUCUACCGCAGCGGCUUGUUGGGCUACGUCAGUGGGUUUGGCAUGGAGAUGGGCUGGCUAACUACUGAGUUGAAGUACUCGAGGCUGCCUGUAGCUUCCAGGGAGGCCUGCAACGCCUGGCUCCAAAAGAGACAGAGACCUGAGGUGUUUUCGGACAAUAUGUUCUGUGUUGGGGACGAGACGCAAAGGCCCAGUGUCUGCCAGGGGGACAGUGGCAGCGUCUAUGUGGUAUGGGACGAUCAUGCCCAUCACUGGGUGGCCACGGGCAUUGUGUCCUGGGGCAUAGGGUGUGGCGAAGGGUAUGACUUCUACACCAAAGUGCUCAGCUACGUGGACUGGAUCAAGGGAGUGAUGAAUGGCAAGAAUUGACCCUGGGGGCUCGAACAGUGACUGACCAGCACAGUGGAGGCCCCAGGCAACAGAGGGCCGGGAGUGAGGACUGAGCGCUGGGGUAGGGGUUGGGGGUGGGGGUUGGGGGAGGCAGGGAAAUCGUAUUCACAUCACUGUUGCACCAAGCCACUGCAAGGGAAACCCCCACCCGACAAGCCUGCACCAUGCCAGACAGGAAGCAGGGUCCCACAGACCGUCCCUCCUCACCUUCUACCUCCCCGUGCGCAUGCACUAGGCCCAGGGAAGCCUGUACAUCUCAGCAACUUUCGCCUCGAAUGUCCUUAGAACCCCCUUCCCCUACUUCAUCUGUUGACACAGCUUUUAUACUCACCUGUGGAAGAGUCAUCUUCUCACCCGCUAUUAGAGUAUGGAGGAAGGGGUUUUCAUUGCAUUUCAUUUCUGAAAGAUUCCUAAGACCCUUUAGUUGACCUUCAAAUAUUCAAGCUAUUCUGCAGCUCCAAGAAGCAAUUAUAGAAAUAACUCCUUUUUUAUUUUAUGUCCUCUAUAUGCCAGGUGCUUCACCUGUUAUUUCACUUAAUCCUCAUACCAUAUUUGCAAAGGAUGUGUUAUUAUCCAUGUGCAACAAAUGAGGAAACUGAUGCUCAGGGGAUAAAGGGACUUGCCCAAGUCCCACAGCUGGUGCGUGACUGCGGAGACUGUGCUCUUCCCAGUGUGCCGCGAUACUUCUCAAUUCUCUUCUGACUUGCUGUGUCACCCACUUUCCCUCCCAGCCCCCACAUCCUUACCAUUUUCCCUCCCUGAGAAUUCCUGCUUCUGUGAAAAUGGCAUCCUCUGGCUCACACUUUCCUGCUGGCACCAUCUCCUGCAGAAGCCAGGUGAGCCCCGCACUGGACUGAAUUUCCUGCGGACACCCCACCGGUGCCUCCAUCAUCAAGGGAGCUGCUCGACCUGAGAGGACCAACUCUUUAAUUUUUAGUAAAGACUGGAGGUGAUGGGCCAGCCACAGUGGCUCACACCUCUAAUCCUAGCACUUUCGGAGGCCAAGGUGGGUGGAUCAUGAGGUCAGGAGAUCCAGCCCAUCCUGGCCAACAUGGUGAAACCCCGUCUCUACUAAAAAUACAAAAAUUAGCUGGGCAUGGUGGCACGUACCUGUAGUCCCAGCUACUCAGGAGGCUGGGGCAGGAAAAUCACUUGAACCCAGGAGGCGGAAGUUGCAGUGAGCUGAGAUUUUGCCACUGCACUCCAGCCUGGCAAGAGAGGGAGACUCUGUCUAAAAAAAAAAAAAAAAAAAAAAAAAUUGGAGGUGAUUAACAGUGAAAGACACAAAUAAAAUACAACUGUUCAAUGGAAAUAGAAGAUAAACACCGUAAAAGAGAGAAGAGAGGUAAUUUGUUGGCAUCAAGAGUCACGUUACUAUAUGGUCAAAGGUUAAAUUUAUCUCUAAAAAAAAUGGCAGGAUGCAAAGUUGAACAUACAUGUGGUUACUUCUGUUUUUUACACCCACACACAGUACAAAAGAUUAUUAAAAAUAUUCCCAAAAGGCGGAUGCAGUGAUGCACACUUACAGUCCCAGCCACUCAGGAGGCUGAUGCAGGAGGAUCACUUCAGGUCAGGAGUUCAAGUCCAGCCUAAGCAACAUAGUGAAACCCCAUCUCCAAAAAUAUAAUAAUAAUUCUCUCAAAAUACUAAAGAAAGGAGCUUUAUUGAUAAGAUUUUGGCUGUCUGGUUUUCCACUAUUCUCUAUUUGCUGAAUUUUGUUUAAUGAGCAUGAAACAUUUUUAUUUUACUUAUUUUUAUGAUUAAAAAAAUGAUAUGAGUUUCUCCAUACCAAGGCAAAAAAAUAUAUAUACACCUAUA